AUGUUGACGCCGGUUUACUCCCACGCCGGACGGGGAGACUUCCGCGAUGUGUACGAGCCGGCGGAGGACUCGUUCCUCCUGAUUGACGCGCUGGAGAAGGACGCCGAGCUGCUGCAGCAGAUUGGCCCGCGUGUGUGUCUGGAGGUGGGCAGCGGCUCGGGAGUGGUCUCCGCCUUCCUGGCAUCGUUGGUUGGACCCGGCGCGCUUUACCUCUGCACCGAUGUGAACCCCGCGGCCGCGCAGUGCACCGCGAAGACCGCGUCCCGCAACGACGCCCCGCUGCAGCCGGUCAUCACGUCCUUGGUGGAUGGUCUCCUGCCCCGCUUAAGUGGGACCGUGGACGUCCUUCUCUUCAACCCUCCCUAUGUGGUCACGCCAUCAGAAGAGGUGGGCAGCACAGGUAUCGAGGCGGCUUGGGCCGGGGGGCAGCGGGGGCGAGAGGUGACGGACAGGUUGCUGCCGGUGGUCCCUCAGUUGCUCUCCAGUAAAGGGUUAUUCUACCUGGUUUGCAUUGCCGAGAACAAGCCGGACGAGAUCAUCGGUUUACUGGCCAAAUUUGGCUUGAAGGGAGAGACGCACAUGUCGACUAGAGCCGGAAAUGAGAGGUUGUCCGUCCUGCGCUUCCGAUGGAACUCAUGAGAGGGAAUGUUUCAGGACAUCCUUCAUGCUAUUGUCUGCAACGAAGGACAAAUCAGAGUCAUCAGAGGAGAACAUUUACGGAUUGAAGCCUGAAAACCUGAAAAGCCUGAAACUUUUUUUUUUUCCAGAACUGCCACUGACAUGCCGGCUUGUUUUUAAGAAAAUAAACGCAAAUGUCACACAACAUGACACCAGACAGGUUUAAUAAUGACACACACAGUAAGUAAAAAAAAUCUAAUUUAAUGCACAAGGAGGUUACCAUUGCAAUGUGAUUUAGUUUUGUCACAACGCUGAAAGUUUUAUGCUUGGUGGACCUAAAGCACCUCCUGUGGCGUUAGAAGAUGAAACAGUUAGUUUGCAUUAUGUGACAUCUGUGAUAAAUCAUUCAUCUGAUUAUUCGUAACUAUUUUUGACAUGUGUGUACUUAAGCAUGUUAACAUGUUGGAUGAGAUGAUUAGAAACGAAUUGAAAAGUAAAUAAGGCUUAAUAUUAUUUUAUAUAAUACUUUAUUUAAUACUUAACACAGACACAUUACAUUUAAAGAAUCAACAUUUCUUUUGUCAAAAUGUCUUAAAUGACUCCAUACUAAGAAUACACUUUGAAUAUUUGUUGAAUAAAUUGAAUUAAACGGCUUUAACGAGGCUGCGUUAUUUUCU